UAAGAAAGAGGAUGCGGAGAUUAAGAACACAGCCCUCCAUAGUGCCUGUCUGUGAGGAGAGGUUGACUUUCAUUCCUACAUCAACUUUGUCUCCUGAGAGAGCAAUUCAAUUAAAAGAAUGGCUAAAAAACAAUACCAGACCACUGGACCAGGUUGAGCAGUAUAUGAAAGCAACUGCUCUUUUUAGGGCUCACUGGAUUCGCCAGAACAGCUCGAAACCAAUAUCUGAGAUUUUAUCAGAGUUCCCUCGUCUAAUGGAUACCCCAGGCAUGAUAUCUCAAGACUUUAGUGUACUCCACCCUGAUGCUGCUGACAAAUUGUGCUCAUCCUGGUUGCCUGACUUUGCUGACAAGAUCCUGGCCUUUGCUAAAAGAGAUGGACGACAAAUGGAUUUCCUCAAUUUAGACAACAUAUCUGCAGAUACCAAAGGCACCAUGGCACUGAAACUUUUACCUCAGAUCCUUCCACCAUCUGUGUACAAGAUUGGCAACAAAACCUUCCGGCCAACUAUUGAGGAAGCCAGAACCUCUUUCAUUGAUGUACAACCAUCUGGAACCAACAUGGUGCAGUACCUACUAAAACAGAGGGAGGAGAAGCCCUUCCCAUUUGUCUUAGAACUUGGAGUUGGUGGACAGUUUUUCGUGGUGGUGAAUGGGGAAGCCCUAGAAGAGCAGACUCUCCUCAAGGCAGUAGAUGUUUGUUUCAAGUCCUUUUUUGCUUUGACACCCACUUUCCAAAACAAUGUUCCCCUGCCUGGGAGUUUUUACAGCAGGUAGUUUAUGAGUUGCCUGGUUCCGAAAAUUCAAAUAUUCGCUUUUAUGUGCCUCUAUUUAUGCUGCUGAGGACUAAAUUAUUUAUUAAACUAACUAAUGUAUGUAUCUUUAUUUAUUUAUUUAUUUGUUUGUUUAGUGUUUUGUGCAUUGAUUUGCUACAAUUUAAUUCUUGUACAUUCUUAAUUAAAGCACUGCCUUGUUCCAAAAAUGUAAUUAUAGAUUGUUUGAAUAAUUUUAUGCUGGACUAAAGAAAUUAAAUGUUAAAUAAUAUACUGAUAGUAUUUAU